CUAUGGGCUCUGAUAAUGUUUCCUAGUAGACUUGACAAAUUUGCAAACAGAAAUGAACAGUUUACACUGCAUUAAUUUACACUUGUACUAAUUUCUACUAAAUUAAUUCCACAAAUACUCUAGGAGUAAUUCAGGGGCAAAACAAUUUCAGAUGUGACUGAGGUUGCUGAGAAAAGAUAUUUAAAGACAAAUGCAUCCUCAAAGAGCUGGAAAUUAUCUGCUUUAGGAUGAUAAAUAUCUGCUGGGUUGAUAGGCUGCGACUUCACGCUUAAAAUACUCCACCAGAGUGAAUGAGGACAACUAAACUUUGGCAGGACUGUGCAAAGUUUGUGCUGCUCCUUCAGAUCCUGCAACUCAGUUCAGCAUGGUCUUAUCUGAUCCAUGGCCUUAGUCUAAUCUGAGCCUUAACUUACAGUCUGCAGAAUUUAUCAUAUCUUAUUUUGUCAUCUCUACUGGAUUACAUCCUCUACCCUUGGAAAAAUUGCUCCCCAAAUGAAUCACGUGUCCCAGAAAGGAAACAGCCCAAUGACAGCUUUAACUUAUACCUUUUCUGUGGUUUUAUGGACAGGAAAAGAGGCUAAAUAUUCGGUAUCAUAUAUGCUUAGGAUAUUUUUUUACAUUUAUUGAUAAUAGCUUUUAGCAUAGUAAAAGCAGGGUGUCAGACACAAAAAUCAUCCAUUAACAAAGUAAGUCAUAUUCACUGAAGGCGAAAAGGAUUCCUGACCUUACACUACAAUUAUAUUCAAAUUAAUGGGCUCAUAAAGAAAACAAGACAGAAUUACACAUCCAUAACAUCUGUCUAAACCCAUUGUUUUUAUGGUAACAGCCAAAUCUUUAAAGUCUUAUUAGAAGAUUAUUCUAGUGUUACAUAGAAAGUCUGCAGUGCCACUUUUAACUAUUUCUUGUAAAUGUUUUAUAAGGAGAGCAAACAAACUGAUCAGAAAUAAUGUAUUUAAUUAGACUAGAUGGUUCAAUGAGAAUAGACAGGAUUUCAAAUAUAUUCGUAUUUGCAAAUAACGACAUACUUUAUAGACAUUGACUAAACUUCAUGUCACUGGCUGAAAUAAAAGAAACCCAAGCAUUUUUAUACCCACAGAGUUUACUAUUCAUGAGGCAGUUUUAAAUGGCCAAGGGACAAUUCAAUGUACACUGGACAAUUAUGCAGCCAAUAAACUUCAUUGACCAUAUCUUUUUAGCCUGGCUUCUUUGGAGAGAAUUAUCCCUGUCAACUGGCUUGGGUAUUUUUAAUUGCUGCAUUUUUCACAGCUGUCACUAAAAGCUUUUAUCAAACAAUUGGUGGUGUCUUCCGAUCACUGUCGGCUCAUCUGUUUCCCACACAAUAGAUUCUUCACAGGAUUCAACAGUCUAAGGGAAACUUCACCUUGACGUUCAAGAGUCUAAACAAGCCACUCAUGAGACAGGGUUCUUCCAACUAAGAUCUAGGUUUGGUCUUAUCAUUCAUACAUCCAGAAUUUUUACUUCAUUUAUUAGUGCAAGAUUUGCUAUGUUACGUACCUUCAUAGGGAAAAUAAUUACAUUUUCAUAAUGCAGUAAGGUUGCUUAAUGUUUUCAAUGCUAGGGUUUAUACUCUUAGCAUAUUUGGCUUUCAGUUGGUAACAGGCAAUGGCAAAAAUUCUCACAGGACACCAGAAAGGGCAUCCUAUUUAUUCCAGGAUGAAUUAAGUGAUUAAGAUCAACAAUGCAAAAAUUCCAUGAGGGAAGAACAAAUAAUGUGGAACAAACUGGUGGGACUGCACAAAGAAAUAUUAUACAAAGCAGAAAAAUUCUGAGACCUUGGGACAUCUAUUUCAAAUAAAAAUCUGAGGCCUCUCUGCAAAAUAUGACCUCUGUGGCAGAGAAAAAUAGGACACAUUAUAGUGGGAUAUGAAGUUUAUUUUGUGUUAGUGCAGCUGAAUAUGAGGGGAACCAUGUGUCUCCAUCGUUGACUCUCAUGCUUCUUAAAAAACUGUACAUGGCACCUGAGAACCUGAGCCUGUCCUGUAGGUGCAGCUGCUGCCCUCCCACCUGCCCAGUGGUGAUGCACUGGUGAGACACUUCAGGUAACUGACCCAGCAGAAAAGGAUUACCUGCCCUUUUAGCAUCCCCCAUUGUUCAGUUUGAGAUGAGAUGAGAUGAGAUGAGAUGAGAUGAGAUGAGAUGAGAUGAGAUGAGAUGAGAUGAGAUGAGAUGAGAUGAGAUGCAGAGGGAAAGAGUAUGGGAUCAUAACUGCCGCAACUUGGCUCAAACAGGUAGGGGAACACAAAUUGGUAAGAGUACAUCUCAGCCCAGGUAGAAGUGGACCAGAGCAAGUGUCAACCACUUAUUUACUUCAAUAAAAUCUCCUUAAUGCCUUCUGACCUGUUUAAUAUCAUACCCUCUCUGCUGCACAUACAAAAUAUAUUGGAUUGGUUUCUCUCUAAAUUGUUGAUGUCUGUGAUGAUGUGUUUUGGUUUUUAUAAACAAUUUUAUAAACAAGGAUUAUCGGCCCCUUGACAUGCAAGUUUAAAGGCAUAUAUUCUCUCAAUGCUUUAAACCUGGGCUAGUGCAUUUAUUAUAUUAAUGGCUGCAACAGAAACAGGAAAAUCAGUAUUAAUUCAAAUAAGUUAAUAUAGUGUGGCUCCUUUAGUAAACCUCAGAAUAAAGAAAAGCUUGUCAUGCAAGCAUGGUUUUGUAUUUGGCUUGAAUAAUUUAAAAAUUAUGUCAGUGCUGAAAGGGGACAGUUCUCUGCCUCCUGUCCCUGACAAGAUUCUCAUCUGCCUCAUUGCACUAGGUAGAGCUUGUGCACAGUGGUGUAAUCAGUCAAAUCAGUAUGCAUUUGGCUGACAAUGUCUCUUUUAAAUUUUUUUUUUAUUAUUAUUUGGUUUUACUGGUUUAGUGAGAUUAUUUAGCUCAUACAUAUGGCCUCAUAAUUGCCAAAACAUUGUAAGGGAGACUGUGGUAGGAAAGCUCUGCUGUUUUUGGUGGCUGCAAAUUCAGCUAUAAUGAUUUGCUAGAUAUCUCACAGCAAGACAGAGCUAACAGUUGGAUGUAAGCACAUAGGGUAGUCCUUAAUUCUCUAAGUUUUGCUAACAAACAAACAGAAUACUGUAAAUAUGGAAAAUGUUCUUGUUCACAGAUCACACCAUCCAGUCUGUUUUCUGCUGCUGCUGCACAGUGCAAGAAAGAGAAAUGAGAACAAAAGUAAACUUGGACCCUGAUGCUGUCCUGGUGACCCAGUAUUCUGCCUCAGAAAUAGACAUUUCCUAUGAAUCUAUUUGGAAGUGCAGGCGCAAGAGACAAUCGCAAUUUAAGGACAAGCCAUUACCUCCUCUGCCUGCCGAGGCCAUCGAAGAGUACACAAACAAACCCAGAGUUAUUGCACUCUAUGACUUCUUUGCUAGAGGCCCUUUAGAAUUACCUCUCAAGAAGUCAGAAGAAUACAUUAUCCUUGAACAGUAUGAUCCCCUCUGGUGGAAGGCAAGAGACCGACAUGGGAAUGAAGGUCUAAUUCCCAGCACCUAUGUCACUGAGAACAAGAAAAACAAUUUAGAAACAUAUAAGUGGUACUGCAGAAACAUAAACAGAAGCCAGGCAGAACUUCUUUUGCACCAGAAGCCCAAAGAAGGUGCAUUUGUUGUCAGAGAUUCAAGCCGACAGGGUCUUCUUACACUGUCCAUGUAUUCACGGGCCAAAGGAAGUCAUAAUGGAGAUAUUCUACACUAUCAAAUUAAGCAAAACCACUUGGGACAAUAUUAUGUAGCAGAAAACUAUCUCUUUUCAUCUGUUCCUGAACUCAUCGAGUAUCAUCAACACAAUGCUGCAGGUCUUAUCACGCGUCUCCGACAUCCAGUCGGAUCAGAUGAAUGUACUUCACCAGAAGCUACAGGACUGAGUUAUGAGGAGUGGAGGUUAAACCCAUCUGAACUGUUGUUCCUGAAAGAACUUGGGCGUGGGCAGUUUGGAGUUGUUUAUCUUGGUAAAUGGAAAGAGACUAUCAAGGUUGCCAUCAAAACAAUCAAUGAAGGUGCAAUGUCUGAAGAUGAUUUCAUGGAGGAGGCCAAACUGAUGAUGAAACUCUCCCACCCAAAACUGGUCCAGCUUUAUGGAGUGUGCACACAUCACAAACCCCUCUAUGUUGUAACUGAAUUCAUGGAAAAUGGUUGCCUGCUCAAUUACCUUCGGCAAAGGCGGGGGAAACUCGGCAGAGAUGUUCUCCUGAGAAUGUGCCAGGAUGUUUGUGAAGGGAUGGAAUAUCUGGAAAGAAAUAGCUUUAUUCACCGUGAUUUAGCUGCAAGAAACUGUUUAGUCAAUGCGGAGCACAUCGUUAAAGUAUCUGACUUUGGCAUGGCAAGGUAUGUAAUUGAUGAUGAAUAUAUCAGCUCUUCAGGUGCCAAAUUUCCAGUCAAAUGGUCAUCUCCUGAAGUCUUUCAUUUCAAAAAAUAUAGCAGCAAAUCAGAUGUCUGGUCAUUUGGUGUACUGAUGUGGGAAGUUUUCACAGAAGGCAAAAUGCCUUUUGAAACCAAGUCAAAUUGUGAAGUUGUCCAUGAGAUUUCUCAGGGUACCCGACUUUAUCGACCCCAUCUGGCAUCUCAUCCUGUGUACAAAGUCAUGUACAGCUGCUGGCAUGAGAAACCUGAAGGACGUCCUACUUUUGCAGAGUUAACAGUGACCCUCACAGAUCUAACAGAGAUGACAUAAUCACAGAUUUUAUACCAAUAUAUUUACGGAAAGGUUAGCAAUUAAGCAUGCCACUAAUGUAGCUGGUACAGAAAACCUCAACCUUUUACAGAGGUCUGUCCCUAAAUCACAGUACCAGCAUCCUACAUAUUGAAGCAGCUGCUUGGUCUUGGCCCAGUUUUUACUUAUUGGAGAAAGACACUCCAGGAGUCUGAUUUGGGACUCUCAAGGCUUUGUUUUCAUGAUCAGGGAGAAAAAUCUCCUGUCUGAAAAGCAGUAACCAAGCCUACUCACCUUAUAGAUCUUUUUAUUCAUUCUUUUGUUCAGAGCUACACUAAUUCUUGCAUCAAUAUUAUUACAAUAUUUGUACUUACUAUGUCUCAUGCACUGGGGAAUACUGGUUGGCAGCAGCAAAAAUGAUGGAAGAACAUCUGAUAAAGCUCUGGUUAGGCCACUUUUAAAAGCAAGUCCUUGUGCACUGCAAAGUAUCCAGCCCUGGAGAACCACAGCAGUGUUUCCAAGGGACAACAAGCUAAGUGACUGGCUGCUGGAGCAGUGGACCCACUGCUUGGACAAAGGCAAAGGGAGCAAAGGCAGCAGUCCUCAGCAGCUCCCAAGUCACAUCUGAAUGACUGGAAAGACUGAGCACCUCUGAAGCCAUUUUAAACCUGCAUUGCAGGUCAAGGUCUCUUCAACUCCAAUUCUGAAGAACAGAAGGGGAUCAAGGACUGUUUUAGUCCAACCUCUCCCACAGUUUUCCAGUAUUGUCUCCCAUUCCGCUGCUCUUGCCUACUGAAAUGCCUGCAAGUGCCUUAGUCCUCCCCUUGCAAAUACCCAGAAUGGUUAAUGGGCAAGUUAAAACUGGAACCUGACUGGAUCCUAUGAUACCUUACAUGGACAUGUCUGUACCCCUACUUCUUAUGUCGCUAUUCACUUUUAAUUUUAAAUCUUAACUAUGGUCAAUACAAAUAUGCUGUAGAGAAGGAAAGGUUGAUGGAAUUCAUAAUUAUU